AUGCUCGCUUACUUCAUGGGUCCCGUUCAAGAUCAAAGAGAUGAGUGCCGACUAGAUCCGAGUCGGAAUGCCACACCGGAAGAUUUGAACAAAAUUGGAGUAAAGCUUUGCACAUUUCAAGAAUCUAGUCUAAAUCAGCUGUUUGGGUGUUUUGUGUGCCAUUGCACACAUGGCGAAGUUCAAAUAUUUCUUCAGGAUGAGUGGAUCCGUAUUCCGGUGAAACGAGGUGAUUUCGUGUUCCUUCCAGCUGGAAUAUAUCAUCGCUUCACUACGGACAAAAAAGAAGAUCUCAUUGCAAUACGCCUCUUCAAAACUGUCCCACAAUGGGAGGCUUUUAACCGCUGUGCAGACGGUGAUCUCUUGGAGGAAAGAAAAGAUUAUCUCAAAAGUUUAUUGAAGAGUUCAUGA